GUCAUACAGUCACUUACUUACUCCUUAUCCGUAAGCUUCGUGUGUGUAAAUUUUUCAAUUGCUUAUCUCUACGGCAUUUGGUUAGUUGGACAAAAGAUUUGCUCACCAUACACAGUAUUCCAAGUAAUCGAGUCGCUAAAUACAGCAUCAAUGUCUAUCAUAGCAUUUGCCACAUAUUUCCCGGAAUAUGUUCGCGCACGACUAUCAGCUUCACUUCUUUUCCAAAUGUUGAAUGAGAAACCAAAGAUUGACAGCAUGUCCACCUUGGGGAAACCUACUGCAUUGCAAGGCGCAAUUCAAUUCCACGAGCUUUUCUUCUCAUAUCCGAACAGCAAGAAGAACAUGGUGCUAAAAGGCGUCAAUAUAAAGGUUCCAGCAGGGAAGACUGUUGCCUUUGUGGGACCAAGCGGUUGUGGGAAAAGUACAUCAAUACAACUUAUUGAAAGAUUCUACGAUCCAUCAAUUGGGAAAUUGCUUUUCGACGAAGAGGAUGCCCGCGACCUGAAUAUACGACAUCUCCGUUCGCAUAUAUCGCUUGUAGGACAGGAGCCCACUCUUUUCAACUAUUCAAUCAGAGACAAUAUUGCUUAUGGGAUCGAAAACCCUACUACUGAGCUAGUAGAGGAGGCGGCAAGAUUAGCUAAUGCACAUGACUUUAUUACCAAGCUUCCACAGGGCUACGACACCGUUGUUGGUGAGAAAGGUGGAAUGUUGUCUGGUGGACAAAAACAACGUAUAGCCAUUGCACGUGCAGUCAUACGAAAUCCCAAAAUACUUUUGCUAGACGAGGCUACUAGCGCUUUGGAUACGGAAAGUGAAAAGGUCUGUCUGUUGUUUCGACAUAAAUUUAUACCAUUGAUUAAGUUAAUCUUAACUCACACACCCCCGCAGGCGCAUAAUCAGCGAUUAUUUCGAUAACU